AUGAGACGGAACAGCAUUCUUCUGUUGGCGGCUGGCACCCUCACGGGCCUCGCCUCGGCGCAGUCUUCGGGUGAUAUCAACGUGCUGACGAUGAACGUCGCCGGUCUCCCCGCCAUCCUCCAGGGCAAUGAUGUGCCGGGCGACAAGACGGUGAACUCGCGCCUCAUCGGCACCAAGCUUGUGCAGCACGGGUACGACGUCGUCAACGUCCAGGAGGACUUCAACUACCACGCGGCGCUGUACUCGACGGCGACGCUGCCGUUCCGCACAGCGACCUCGGGUGGCGUCCCCUUUGGCUCGGGCCUCAACACGCUGUCGCAGUACGAGAUCAUCGACACGGUCCGCGUCAAGUGGGACACGUGCUCGAACGACUCGGGGUCCGACUGCCUGACGCCCAAGGGCUUCACGCUGACGCGGCUCGCCGUGAGCGACGACGCCGCGCAGGGCGCCGCCUUUGUCGACGUGUACAACUUCCACACCGACGCCGGCACGGCGGCUGGUGACCUAACGGCACGCACGGCGAACCUGCGCCAGCUGUCGGCCUACAUCACGCGGUGGUCGGCCGGCAACGCCGUCAUCGCCUUUGGCGACAGCAACUCGCGGUACAGCCGCACGCCCGACGACAUUCGCGUGUUCCGUCGCGAGAACGGCAUGACAGACCCCUGGGUCGAGCUCGUGCGUGGCGGCGUCGAGCCGACGGCCGAGACCAUCUGCCAGAACCCGAGCACGACCAACACGUGCGAGACGGUCGACAAGGUCUUUUAUCGCUCGGGGCCGACGCUCAACCUCGCCGCCGUCGGCUGGGCCUACGACAGCAGGCGCUUCCUCCAGCCCGACGGCAGCAUCCUGUCCGACCACAACCCCGUCGCCGCCAACCUGACGUGGGCGUUGCCGGCGGCGCUGCGCCAGUCGGCCUUCCUCGGCGGGCCGCACGGCGACUGGUCAUCCGACGCUGCCGUGCUCGCCGCCCGGCCCUCGACGCCGCGUGCCACCCGCCUCGCCUUCCGCGGUGGUGCCCGCCUCGACGCCGCCAGCGUGACCCUCGCCGACGGCACGGUCCUCGCACGCGGCGGCACCGGCGGUACAGCCUCCGAGCUCGUCCUCGCCGCCAACGAGCGCUGGACCGCCGCCACGCUGUGUCAAGGCAAGCGCAACGACCGCACGCGCAUCUUCUCCAUCGAGGCCCGCACCAGCACCGGCCGCACCCUGCGCGCCGGCACCGCGACCAGCGAGUGUCGCCAGUUCACGGCCCCCGCCGGCUGGGCCAUUGUCGGCUUCCUCGGCCGAGGGGGCGACGAGAUUGACCGUCUCGGCUUCCUCUACGCGCGACAGUAA